UUGUUGUUUUUUUUAGCCGUCCGUCGCAGAGCAAGCACCGUCGGUAACGGAAAUUCUUGUUAACAUUUUUCGCGCUUUACGUUCUGUACGGCGCCCGGUCGUCGUCGUCGUCGCCGUUGCUGCCUCCCCGAACAUCGACAAGCGCAGCGGCGUCGCAUCAAGCACACACAAAAAAAAACCUUAACAUACACACACAAACAACAAUACAUAUAUAGAUAAUUACAAGAAGACUGCACCGUUCUGCCUUAAGCGUCGACGUCAGCAGAGAGAGAGAGAGGAGAGCCAGAGCAGCGAACAAGCAGUGCAAAGCAGUGCAAACAACACGACGGAGAAAACUAAAAAAAAAAUCACACUAUUGAAAGCCAAAGCAAUUCAUCAUAAUGAGCUCGUACAUCGAACUGUUGGGAUUGUUUGUGCUGCUCAUGCUGCCCUUCUUGUACGAGACGAAUCACAUAUUCCGCUACUACUUCAAAUUCCUCAUCUAUUAUGGGAUCGUAUCGUUUAAUUCGAUCAUAUUAAUACCGGCUUUCCUCACACGCCCCUGUGAUGUGCGCAAUUUACUAUGGGCGAGCACUUGGUGUCAUCGGGUGACAGCGCUGAUCGGACUGCGCUGGGAGCUGCGGGGCAAGGAGCACCUCGAGAAGGAUCAGGCCUGCAUAAUCGUGGCCAAUCACCAGAGUUCGCUGGAUGUGCUGGGCAUGUUCAACAUCUGGCAUGUGAUGAACAAGUGCACGGUGGUGGCAAAGCGUGAACUCUUCUAUGCCUGGCCCUUUGGUCUGGCCGCCUGGCUGGCGGGCUUGAUAUUCAUCGAUCGUGUGCGCGGCGAGAAGGCGCGCGAUACGUUGAAUGCGGUGAAUCGUCGGAUCAAGAAGCAGCGCAUCAAGCUGUGGGUAUUCCCGGAGGGGACACGACGCAACACCGGCGAACUGCAUCCGUUCAAGAAGGGGGCCUUUCACAUGGCCAUCGAUCAGCAGAUACCGAUACUGCCGGUCGUCUUCAGCUCAUACUGUUCAUUCCUCAACGACAAGAAGAAGAUCUUGAAUGCGGGACGCAUUGUGAUCACAACGCUGCCGCCGGUUAGCACCGAGGGUCUGACCAAGGACGACAUCGACACGCUAAUGGAUCGUGUCCGCGCUCAGAUGACCGAAACGUUUAAGCUCACCUCCGCGGAGAUGCUGCAACGCUAUAAGCCACACAAGACGCCACCGAUAUCGUCGCCGCCGAUGGUGGUCAAUGGAGCCGAAGCCGCUGUGGCUGCUGCUGUGGCGAAUAGUUCGGGAUACGCGCAGCUGCAUGCGGCUGCCUCGUAUGAGAGCUACAAGAGCGCCAGCGCCAGUGCCAGUAAAGCGACAAUGCUGAAGACGCUGUAGAUGCAUUCGACAGCUGCGCUGCUGACUAAAU